UAAAACCUCGGUGCACAUAUCCAAUACCGGUUAAUACCACAUCAGCAAUAUUUCAGCGACAGUCCGCGUUAUAUGAUAACCGUUCUGCGCAGAGAAUCUGGCGAAAGCUCUGAAAUACAGUCAUCUGAAUGGGCCAGUCGCCCGCCAACCGCCGACGCAUUGGGACGCGUACGUGAUUUUGACACCAUUCAUCCGCGCGUGCAUCAUUCAUAGUAACUUUACGAACCUAAUUCAAACAUGGAAUCCAAGUGCCGGUGAUACUUUUAUGUGCCAGUGCUAACUUUAAUAACCGUUAAGUGAAUUUUGAGUUUUAAUUAAGAAUCAAAAUACCUACAAAAUAUAGCAGUAGUAGUGUUUGCGCGGUGUUGAUUGUAAAGCGACUGAUUAUGUUUGGAGGUGUUAAUUAGGGCUGGACGCGUUGGGUGUUUAUAUUUUAAUAAUUCAACUUGGAUGGACGAAACGGAUUUGAUUCACACUGACAAAUGUGUCGCCAAUCAGUGCUAUGUAUUCAGCCUCGAAUACUAGCUUUGUGCACUAGUGAUGCAGUCAACAUAUGCGGUUUAAGUGUGUCUAUCAAACAUGUGUGAAUUGAAUGGACCAGUCUAACCCGGCCGCAGACGUGCGCGCAGCAAUGGCGCGGAAAACAGGCCUCCUCGUCCUACUGUGGAUAGCAAUUUUCCCAUUGUACCGAGCGGAUAAUCUUGAACUGCUUCUUGGCACACUUCGAACACACCAGAAAGCCGCCUGCGACGAAGAAAUGGUGUCCCUCAUAUGUCCUCGGGGUACCACCAUCAGUAUCCAAGUGGCUCAGUAUGGGGGGUCGGUAUCCCAGGGAUCCUGCGCCUCGGAGCUGGCGGAGUACCAGCCGGUAGCUGUGGAGGUGCUGGGAGAUACUAGUUGCUCUUGGCCUGCAGCGCUGCAGUAUUCAUUGUUACAGACAGUAGUAGAAGCGUGUCAGAAGAAGCGUCAGUGCAAGUUCAACACCAGCCCGAAAGCCUUCGGAGUGGACCCUUGCCCGGGAUCCAGGAGGUUCGUCGAAGUCGCCUACAAAUGCCGUCCUUAUGAGUUCCGCAGUAAAGUGGGUUGCGAGAAUGACGUGUUGCACCUCAGUUGCAAUCCGCACUCAAGAGUAGCCAUUUACUCUGCUCAGUACGGGCGCACCGAGUACGACUCCAUACAGUGUCCGCAGCCGAGGGGGAUGAAGGAGGAAACAUGCCUGGAGCCUUACGCGACCGAGACGGCGAUGCGAGAAUGCCACGGGAAGAGAAGGUGCGUUCUGUCCGCCGACAGCAACAUGUUUGGGAAGCCGUGCAGAAUAGGCAGCCGGACCUACCUCAAGGUCGUUUAUACUUGCGUGCCUCGAACGGUUUUGAAGGAGCGGUACGAGAGUGCUCCCGAGGAAGACGAGGUUGCUCACGACGUAUCAGAGCUCGAACACGACGAUGUCGAUGAAUCCAACGACCGAUGGUGGGGGGAAUCCGCGGUCCCGCCCGCGCCGGCGGUGGCGGCCGUGCCUCCUCGCCCUUCCGUAGCCCCUGCUGCCAAUGUCACUAGCAUCGUCAGAAGCGAGCCCGCACCUUCACCUAGACCUGAGAGAGAUGGUACUAAUUAUGAUACAUUCACCACUAUGUAUGCGUAUAUCGGUGCGGGUUUGGCCGGAGCCAUGUCGCUGUGUAUCAUCGCAGUGGUCGCGCGGUGCGUGGUCCGCAAGAGACGCCGCGACCGUCCCAAGGGCCCCGACGUCUCCGCCAGCACUGAGAUCCCCAAUGGAUUCAACGACAGCAUAUCAGAGGUCGAUAACGACAUCAACAUCACCAGCUUAUCUGUCCCGGUCGAUACCGUUGAUUCUGGCUUAAAGCCAGAAAUGCAAUUCACCGACGUCGCUCUCAGUCCGAAAAUCAAUCGGUACGUCGGCCGACCUGUGCCUAAUACCUACCCUCACGUCAGCACGAAUAUGUACGGGCAGGUUGCCGAAUUCCCCAUAGAAAUGCCGCUCCGAACUAUGCCCCACGGCACGUUAGGUCGCGGUGUAGCGGUCAAAACACUGCCUCGCGUCCAAAUGCAAAACGAGACGGACCCUAACACAAGGAGUUUAUAUCGAUAUUCCAACGCCCAGUACUACUUUGGGUGACAACAGGAAAACCAAGGUACCGACGUAUCUAGAACUUAUUGUUUUUAGUGCAAUGUAGUGAAGUGAGUAUAGGACUUAGUGGAUUAUAAACAAUGUCCUACUUUUAACACUGUGAUACUGUGAUAUUAAUAGAAGAUCUUUCAUAAUGAAUGCCACAGAAUUCUAUAAGAUUUUAGGAAUAUGAAAUACAUUGUGUCGGAGAGAAUUCUGUCUAGUUAAUUAAUAUGAGAGUUUACUUGUUGUGAAAUAAAUUCUUAAUACUUACUUAGUUGAGGUUUUGAAGUUGUAGUUUUGAACUGAGUUUAUUGAUGAAUUAUACUUAACUGAUCGACGAUAUUAAUAAUGUAUUACUGAUCUACCUUUUAUUUUACGUUCAAAAACAAACUUCGUCAAUUUUCAAUUAAAACUUUGCGUGCUUAUUUAAAUAUUGUUGUUUUCAAAAACAAAAUUUUCUUGCAACGAGAUAAGGUAC